AUGGCCGCUCAACAUCCCAUUAUUCCUCUACUCACUCCAUACAAGAUGGGAAACUUCAAUCUUUCUCAUAGAAUAGUACUGGCACCAUUAACUAGACAGAGAUCAUUUAACAAUGUUCCUCAGCCGCAUGCAAUCUUUUAUUACUCUCAGAGAACCACCGAAGGAGGUCUUCUCAUAGCUGAAGCUACUGGAGUCUCCGAUACAGCUCAAGGGUAUCCAAAUACUCCUGGUAUUUGGACCCAAGAGCAAGUUGAGGCAUGGAAACCCAUUGUAGAUGCUGUUCAUGCCAAAGGUGGCAUAUUCUUUUGUCAAAUUUGGCAUGUUGGAAGGGUUUCGAAUCGAUAUUUCCAGCCAAAUGGGCAAGCUCCAAUCUCAUGUACAGACAAGCCACUGGCCCCUCAACUUCGAGCUAAUGGAGUUGAUGUUGCAGAGUUUGACCCUCCGAGGCGACUAAGAACAGAUGAAAUUCCUCAUGUUGUCAAUGAUUUUAGAAUUGCUGCAAGGAACGCAAUGGAAGCUGGUUUUGAUGGAGUUGAGAUCCACGGGGCUCAUGGCUACCUGCUUGACCAGUUCAUGAAGGAUCAAGUGAACGAUCGAACCGACCAAUAUGGUGGAUCUCUAGAGAACCGCUGCCGAUUUGCUUUGGAAGUGGUUGAAGCUGUGGUCAAUGAGAUAGGAGCUGAUAAAGUUGGAAUAAGACUCUCUCCCUAUGCAAAUUACGGACAAGCAGGGGACUCAAAUCCAGAAGCUUUGGGGCUGUACAUGGCUGAAUCCUUGAAUAAAUAUGGGAUUCUCUACUGCCAUAUGGUUGAACCAAGAAUGAAGACAGUGGGAGAAAGAAUUGAAUGCCCCCACAGUCUUCUACCCAUGAGAAAGGCUUUCAAUGGCACUUUCAUUGUCGCUGGAGGCUAUGACAGGGAUGAAGGAAACAAAGCUGUGGCGGAGAACUAUUCAGAUCUUGUUGCUUAUGGUCGCGUGUUCUUGGCUAAUCCAGAUUUGCCGAGGAGAUUUGAGCUUGAUGCUCCACUAAACAAGUACAACCGAGACACAUUCUAUACAACUGAUCCUGUCAUUGGUUAUACUGAUUAUCCCUUUCUUGAGACCACUUCUUAG